CAUUUCAUGUAAAACUGUCUGACAUGAGCAUAAUUGCAAGAAUGUCGAGCAGCAACAAACUGUUGGUCUGUAACAACCAAACGUUUUAGCUGAUAAUGUGGAAAUCACUGUUGGAAAUUCUAUAUUUUCUUGGCAUGUUGUAUUUCGUUCUGCAAUUUCAAGAAUUUUUUCAUUCAAAUUUUCCAUGUCUUGAAAUAUCCAUGGACAGUGAUUCCACUAGAUCAAAUUCUAACUUAGUAAUAAGUGAUAUCCAGUUUUCAAGGAAGUAUGAAAAUUCUGGAGGCUCGUCGCCGACAAAUCAUUCUGCCAGUCAUAACAAAGUGAUGACAUCAUUCAUAUAUGGGUCACCAUCAAACCUUAUCCACCUCUUAUCUUCAGUGACAUUAUUUGGAACGGCAACCGUGACUCGGUUGUUUUCGUCAGUUCACCGUCGAACGCCUGAAGUAUUCAUCACCUGUUUACUUCGUUUUCUUGUGUGCGGCACGAUUUGGAAAACGUCGUUGUACAAGGUUUUCAAAUUUUGUUUUUGCUCUGAACUAUCUGCUACAUUAAAUACGCUACACAAAUCGCUUUGUCUUCCCAAACCUAAACUCUCAAACUGGCUCAAAACUCGAAAAGUCAGUUUAUUAUCAGCCUUGGUGAUGUCACUGCUGACAACCCUGAGACGGUGGAUGAAGCUGUCAAGACUGAGAAAGAAAUUCAGUCUGGACAGCUCAAAGGGUCCUGUCGUUUCCAAUUUGACAUCAAAACCUCUGGGUACACUCCUUAUUCUAUCAACACUGUUUGAGUCAGGACAUUCAUUACUGGAUCUGUCAAACAGGACGAUGAUAUCAACUUCUCUGAAUGAAGUAACAUUGACAAGAUCUUGGACUAGAGAUUCCUUUACUCAGGGGAUAAUGAUGCUAUCUACUUCGCCGACGACAGCAGCCGCAAAUUCAACAGUAUGGUUAUCGUCCUCGCGGCCGUUGUCUUCGACCCAAGAUCAAGCUUUACAAGUAUCAUCAACAUCAACUCAAUCCUCGCCUUUUGUGUCAUUUCCAACCUCUCAAUCGGUGUUAAAAAGCACAGUAUUAGAGACUCGAAUUACGAAUGCAUCGUCAUCAUCAUCAUCAUCAUCACCAUUAUCAUCAGGCUCAUUGACAUCACCUUCAUCGUCUCCUGAUAUGAACUACUCCUCAUCAUUGGUUUCAACACUGGUACCUCCAUUAUCAUUAUCAACAACUUUGCCAUCAUUGCCACAAUCAUCGACAAUAUUGCCUUCAUUUUCAUCGGCAUUGCUAUCUCCAACAAUAUCACCUCAAGUACCAUUAUCAUCAUUAUUAGUUUCACCAUCUUUAUCUCCAUCACCGCUCUCAUCAUCAUCACCACUUUGGUCGCCAUUAUCAUCUUCUACAUCACUUUUUGCACCAUCAACAGCCUCAAUAUUCCCACCACCCCCAUCGCCACUACCAUCGCAAUCACAACGAUUGCCAUCGCCUCCACAAUCAUCGCCAUCUUUGUCAUUAUCCCCACUGUCAUCAUUAUCAUCAUCAUCAACACUCCGGACAUUACCACCGGACACUAUCACUAUCACAUCUGCAUUCCCAUCAGCACUCUUAUUACAAUCACCAAAGCCGUUGCCCUCCCCACCACCACCGUCAACGUCAUCACCUGUCUCAUCGCCAUCAGCACCCUCGUCAGCAAUCGUACCGCAACCACCGUCAACACCGCCUUCCCCAUCACCGCCGACACCACCAUCAGCUGCAUCGCUAUUAAUACCCUCAUCGCCUUCGCAAUCCAUAAUAACGUCUUCUUCAUUGCCAUCACUAUCUUUAUCACUAUCACCACCCCUAUCAGUAUUAACUCGUUCAAAGCCACCACCACCAAUCGUAUCGUCACUACCAUUGACGCAACUGUCCUCAUCGCCAUCACUGUCACCAGCCUCAUCGCCGUCGCCAUCGUUCUCGCCAUUAACAACAUCAUCCACAUUAAGAUCACCAUCACUACCACAAGACUCCUCACAAUUACCACCGCAAUCUCCUUCAUCAACAUCAGCAAUACCGUCCAUAUUACCAUCCCCAUCGCUAUCGCCAUCUUUAUCAUCUCGAGUCCUAGCAUUUUCAAACAACGUUUCCUUGAAAGAGCACACUCCAACAGUGCCUCCGCUUCAUAGUUCAAUGACUUCUAGCUUAACCUCGAGGGUAAUUUCCCAAACUAUGGCCUCUGCUACUUUAAGUGUGAUGAGUUCUGCAUCGUCUUCAGUGACACAAGUCCCGACUCGGACAACUCCUUUAAAUAGCACAAGGAUAAUAAACGUCACGGUGUCGUUAAUAAAUGAAGACUUCAACCCAGACUUGCUAAAUAGGAGUUCAGCACAAUUUGUGAACUUGUUCCGGAGGGUGAAUUCCACGCUGUGGGAUUUAUUUUCUGGCAACGUGGAAGGCCUGAGAGACAUUAUAAUACUUCGAUUUCGCAAUGGAAGCGUAAAGGUGGAUUUUCAAUUGCUUGUUAACAGCAAGUCUAAUGUCACAGCGCAAGCUGUCAAUCAAACUCUACUGAAAAACAAUGGAACAAACAAUCAAAGAUUCAUUUUUGGAAAUAUUCUUGUCCAAGAGAAAUGUUCCUCAGGAUACUGUUUUAACUCAGGCCGUUGUCAGGAUGGGGCUGAUGGUCCAGUUUGCAGUUGCUUAGUUGGGUUUGUGGGAUCAAGGUGUUCACAAAAGGCAGUUGUUGUGAAUGGAAACUAUUCUGAGUGGUCUGAAUUCACUGAGUGCAGCACAACCUGUGAAGGUGGUCAAAGACGCCGAAGCCGCACAUGUACAAAUCCUCCACCCCAACAUGGAGGAAAAGACUGCAGGGACUUGGGGCGAGAUGUAGAAUACAUUGAUUGCAACGGUGAUGUUCGCUGCUCAGUUUCAGCUGAGAUCUGGAUAGCUGUUGGAGUGGCAUGUGGUGUAUUUCUCUUGAUUCUUAUCUUUGUUGUUGUUCUUUUGCUGCGAAGACGCAGGAAGCAAGCUGAACAGAGAAAUAGGUUAUCUAGUUCCAAGGAUUCUCAAACAAAUGGACACAGCACUAUAAUACCGCUGGAAGUGAUAUACGAGGACAAAACAGUGCCCAAGUCCACCCCCAAAGGACAAGCCAAUCCGGAAUUUAUUGGUGAUGAUGAUGAUGACAAUGAUAUCUACAAAGCGCAGCUGUUGUUAUUUUUGAAGCAGGCCCAUUUGAUACGACCCAAUAUUUACCCUGAUGAGCAAGAUAACCAGUCUGAUACCUCAGAAUAUUCAAGGUCGACAUCAAGAAAACCGUCUGCAGUAUCUAAGACCAGUGACACAAACGAGGAUUACAAAGAAGAACCAGCUCAUGACGCCGAGACAAGUCACAAGUCCAACAGCGUAACUGUUGCUGGCCAAACGCUAGCAUCGGACGAUGAAAAACGACUCCCAACAACAGUAUUGUAACUUCAGUGUUAUGGUAAGACUGGAGAUCUACUGAUAUAAACCUCAGUUCAAUCACGUUAACUUAGUUAUGUCAACCAGAGUAAGGCCUAGUCCAAACGUCGUGCUACUACCGUGCCGAGUUCAAAUGAAUUUGCUCGGCAGUGGCAUACAUGACAAAAAAACGACAGUGGUUUCAAACGUCGAAUUUAAUGCAGUCACGCCGACGAUCAGAAGAGGUUUGCUUUGCUGAAGACCAUUUUAAAAGCUAGAAAGCAACGGCAGCUGACUCAGCAGGCUAUGAAAUUAGUUCGGCACGACAAGAGCACACCGUUUGAAGUCAAGUCGCGCUACUGCCGUGCGGUACGGCAAGGUCUGCCGUGUUAAGUGUAUGUAGUCGUGCCGAACUUAACUUAGCCUGCCGAAGUGAGUGGUUUUAAACGUCGUGCUACUGCCGUGCUUAAGUCCAAUUUAAUUUUUCAAUUUAGUUCGGCACGCAGUAGCACGAGGUUUGGAAUAGGCCUAACCCAGAAAUGAAUUUUCACCACUAUGAAAGUGAAAGUUACCAAACAGAUCUCUCAUGUUUUGAAAUUCAAAAGGUUUUCCUUAUUUGUCUCAGUUUCCUGCAAGGUCGAUUGCACUGAUGGACCACGAGACUCCUAUAUAGCUACCACCACUUUUUCCCAUUUUUGGGAUCUUAAUACACGAUCAAUUCCAUAAAUAAGUUAAUGUUACAAUUCGCUGAAUUUGCGCUAAAUACGUCAAGUCCAAACGUCAAGUCCAGACUAGGACGCUAAGCUCCCUUGAAUUUCGAACUCGCAAAAAAUAUUUCGCAUGAUCUCAACAUAGCACAUGCGAAGAUCAUAAAAAGCGUGAAUGACGCGUACUGUUGGAGGGGAAUUACGGUCGUUUCGCCCGAAAGCCAGUUCACCCGGACUGUUAGCUCCUUGGUCAAUGGAUUAACAAACGAGAAAUAAACACGUUUGGUUUGCCGACAAUGUGGUCUUUCUCGCUCGUUUAGUUAUAAGAAAGAACUUUAACACAUCCUUGUUUGGCUGACUUUCAGUCCGGGCGGAGAGACUUAUAGUCCGCGCGAACAGGCAUCGGACGAACUGGCUAUCGGGCGAAACGACCAGUUACCUUGGAGACCUGUUAACAGCACAUAUUUUGACUAAUGAUUCGAGGAAUUGGUGAUUCAUAGUUGCAUGUCAAUAGAGAUCGCCUUUUAAUUUGUUGGUUGUCAGUUUAAAACUGCCAAGCAUGAAAUCUUUUAAACUUUCUUCAUAGAUAAAAGCAUAGUGUCUUUAUUGUCAAUAAAGUUACUAUUACUCUUAUUUGUCUGUCUUCAAAUUGUGUAAAUAAACUGCACCGCGCCAAAAUUGAUCUCCUUUGGGGUUUCAUUUAAAAUUUUCCAUCAGUAUGGAAAAUUAAAGAUGACAGCACCCCGGGGGUCGUCCAGGCUUUUCUGUCCAACAUUCUGGACAUGUAAUACCAACUCAGACAACGAGCCGACAAACCCUUGCACGACGAUAUAAAUUGUGUAGAAGCUAAGACCUAGACGAAUCCACUCUCCGGAAAAAAAUAAAAGAUAGGUACUUUCUUUCUUCUCUCUUUUGUUAUCGACAAGGAAACUAAUUGUGUCCGAUGCGAGCAAUCCACACAUUGGAGCUCAAAACAUAAUACACAUGCUCAAAUAACUAGCCACUGACAACGCAGUUUCGAUUGUUGUCCACAACUAAACCCACACACGGGCAAUCUCAUUCCCAGUCUUCGUUCCCCUUGACCUGCGGUCGGAAAACGAGAGCUCUGGGAGCAACCAUUUCAGGCGUGCGCCAUAGUUGCAGACUGCACAGUGAAACCGGAUGGGCAGAAUUCGGUUAUUUCAAAAUGGUUGCUUCCAGAGCUCUCGUUUUCCGACCGCUGGUCAAGGGGAACGAAGACUCUGGGAACGAGAUUGAAGAACAGUCAAAAACGUCAUUGUCGAUAACUAUUAGUUGCCGAUAACUUACUCUCUAGCCUUUGGUCUCACACACUGCUUUGUUAAGAUAACAAAUAUAGUUUUCGACAAAUGUCUAGUCUGUGGAGGCGAGUGAGAAACUGCACUUUAUUUAAGAACACACCAAGGUGUAGCUACAAUAAAGAUGUUUCCCGGCGACCGUUGUAAAGUGUAUCCUUUGUUGGUCGUUAUUUACAAGGCUUCAUAUAUUACAACACAAUGUUCAAGGCAAUCCUAACUAAUAAUAUACUGUGUAAACACACAAGGAUUAUUAAAUCACGUCAGCUAAAUCAUCAGACUUAUUUAAAAGCACCACGGCUUGGACAUCAGUUAAAAUCCGGUCCGACAGCUCAUCCCUUUUGGGCUAAAAAUUCGUGAUGGCAAUUUCAAGUACACAACACCAUCACCGGCCCUUACGCAACUGACA